AUGAUUAAUAACAAGGUCAACGACAUCAACAACAUCAACCACAAUAAAAACCUCCACAACAACAACAACAACAUCAGCAGCAACAUCAUCAACAACAACAACAAUAAAAGCAACAACAACAACAUCAACAGCAACAUCAACAACAACAAUUCAACGUUCGGCAAUUUACUAAUGGACGACGUUAAAGAUUUGAACCUCAGUCUGAAGCAACUUGAAGAAACGAUAAAGAAGCAACUUUCGAAGCACAGCCUCAACAACAGCUUCAACAGCAACAACAACGACAAUCAUAUCAGUAACAACAACAACGACAACCUCAGUAUCAACGACAACAACAACAACAGCAGCAAGCAAAAUGACCACGUUGGGAUCAAUCAAAUUAAUUUGGCUGUUAUGACGAGUAGAAAACCGCAGCAGAUGAGUUUGGAUGGAGGAGGUAUUGAUGCAGAUGUGACGAGUCCUACCAGAUCUGAUAAGGUGGUCGUGCAAGUACGGAUCGUCAUAUUAAAAGUUGGCGAUAUAGACACGCUGAGGGAUAAGUUCGCUGGCGACGCGUUCAUCCAGGCAAAAUGGCGGGAACCUAUGCUGGAUGGAAAGUUCAAAACGCACUGCGACCAAGUAAAUUGGAAUCACUACUGGAGUCCGAAGCUUUCCAUUGAAAAUUCCUUCGGAGAACCUGAGGAAAACGUUUGGAAGACCAUCAUAUUUGACGGGGCCGGCCAGGCUACAGUUUGUGAGAAGAGGAGGAUUUCUGGGACGUUCUUUGAAUUCAUGGAACUCAAUCAAUUCCCAUUCGAUUCACAGAUGUUGUCGAUAAGCCUAACGACAGAACGCAGUGAUGAUGAAGUCGAGUUCGUUGAAGACUGCCAUGAAAAGAGCGUUCUUAUCACGAACUCAUUCACCGAUGAACAAGAAUGGCGGUUGAAUAAAGGAGUAAACACGUGGACGAAGUUUCGAGAUGAGGCUUUCAAGAGCGACAACAACAAGCACCCAUCCUUUUCGGUUGCUGCCACUGUAACCAGGAGACCACAAUUUUUCAUCUGGAACAUUCUCGUCGUCAUGUUCUUGAUAUGCAGUCUUUCCUUCUCGACUUUCUCGGUGAGUUUGGACGCUCCACACACGAGGUUGCAGCUGACGUUCAUCCUGCUGCUAACAACUGUCUCCUUCAAAUUUGUCGUCAAUCAAAAUCUACCAAUGAUAUCCUAUCUUACCUACUUGGACAAGUACAUAUUAGGAUCGAUGACUAUUUUAGCGGCUAUUUGCGUAUGGCACGCCAUCGUCGGAAAGUUGGCGCCAAACGUCAUUUCUUGUUCGGACGUGAAGAUGGUUGAUUUCUGGAUGCUCGGUAUUUUGGGUGCCAUUUAUAUCGGGUUCCACUUGAUAUUCGUCAUCAUCGUUUCUUGCAAGGCCAGUGAAAAGAACAACAAAGAAGAAAUAAUCAACGAUCAGGACUUCGUACAAGAUCAAGAAGAUGACUUUUCUGACGAACCGACCAUUUCAACGAUGAGUGAAAAACGCAAACCCCUGCAUAAGAAUGACCCCAGGGGUAACAGAAGGGUGUCCGAGGUUGACCAGAUGAAUGAGUUGGAGAUCGAGUAUUUCUCAUCGAUUAAUAAUUUAUCAAAAUGCUUCGUUAAUGAAAUUGUUAAUUUAAAAAAAGAACAUUUAAACGAUUGGGAUGAUUUAGAUGUUGAAAAACGUGAAGAUUUAAUUAAUAAACUUUAUUUCGGUGUCCACUUUAACAAGAAAAAAAGCGACAAUGACGAGGAAGAUGGCGACGAUGAUUUUGCUACGGUACAAGAAAACUUAUUUAUAAGCGAUAUUCCGUCAUUUUUCAAGAUCGAAUCCGGGGAGAAAGUGGUGGUUGAUUUAGAACAAGAUGAUUCUAGCCAGCAAGAUUUAACAGUAGCAGGACUAUUCAUUGAAACAAAACCAAAAGAUCUGAUCACAAAAACUACCUCAAACAAAAAUAGAUUGCCAAGUUUUGACAAGUCAAGCAACAACAAGUCUAACAAUCUAAAUAAUAACAAUAAUAAUAAUAAUUAUAAUAAUAUAUGCUCCAAAGCCAAUAAAAGUAACUCAAAAAAUGAAGUAGAAGAAAUGUUUGAAAGGUUUGGCUUGAAGAAAUCAUCCCUGGAUGAAAAUGGUCAUGGUGAAGUUUUAGCUAAAAAGAAACAGGAGAAUAGCACUAUCAGUUUCAAGCCUGGUGUUGAAUUAGGCAGGAGCCCGCCAUCUUCUGAUAAAAUGCAAAAUAAUAAGUUGAGUGGGAAAUUGAAAUUUGAAACAGGAAUUAGUGCAGUUUCAAAAGUUAAUUUAGGAUUCUGUGCUUCAGAUAGUGAUUUUGGUAAAACAAAAAACUAUGAUAUUGAUGAUAAUGUAGAUAUUGAUGGUACUAAUUUACAUAUUAAAAAUAAAAAAUGUGAAGAUGGCACCGCUAACAAAAUUUUUCUCAGUGACGAAUUUGGUGAAACAAGCACCGAUGAUAAAGCUUUUGGAAAUGUCGAAUAUGAUACUAAUCUGACAGACUUCAAUGAAAAUAAUAAUGAUGUCAUAACCAAGCAGCCAAUCAAACAACAGGAUACACCUCUUGUGAAGACUGGGUUUGAUUUUCUUGACAACUGGUGA